CCUGUGUCUGGGGCGCCUCAUCAGCUGCCCGUGAACAAAACAUUGACACGCUGGUUUUGAUCAUAGUUUUAAUUACUCUGCUUUUUAUCUUUUCGGCGUGUUUCUUGACAAUGAACAAUGACGACGAGCAGGAUUUUUUUCUGCUGCAAGCGCAGACCCAUUUUCUUUCUUCGCAAUCGAUGACCAAAUUUGAUAAACUGGAAGAAUUAAAACAAAUUUUACGAGUUGGAGGCGAGGAAAUGCAAAUGAAAUUUAUUGCGAUGACAUUCGAACUGGACGAUGUGAAGAAAUAUCCUGUAAAAAUUGCAUUUCAGAAGUCGUUUAUUAAAAAUUUGAUGGACGACCUGGAAAAUUCACACUGUGAAAUGACGGAGAGAUUUUUUGAGUUGUACUGCGCUUUACUGGAGAAAGAAAAGAGCAAAGAAAAAAGAGCUCAGUACCAUCACUUCAAAAUUUGUAAUGAGGAAAUAAAGGAAAUCAAAAAAAUAAUAAUUAAAUGUGAUGAAAAUUUUCUUAGCGGAGGGACGACCGGGCUCAGUCUGUGGCAAGCUGGAUUUUCCUUAGCGGAAUGGGCCUUGGAAAAUAAGCAAAGACUCUACGGAAAAAACGUCCUGGAACUUGGGUCUGGCAGUGGAUUUACGGGACUUGUAAUUGCCGCCGAAUGCAAAGCUCAAAGUGUCACCCUGACUGACGGACAUGGCAAAGUUCUACAGCAGCUUGUGGAAAAUAUAAAACUAAAUUGUGGAGAAACCAAAGAAGAUGGUCUUUACCACUCGGAGUUGCUAAGAGCAAAAUUUGGGACCACAAAUUUAUCGGUUGUCAAUUUCCUCUGGGAAAAUCCAAGCUACGCUGAAAUCGAAACACCAGAUUUAAUUUUAGCUGCAGAUGUUGUAUAUGACCCUAGUGUGUUAAAGCACUUGAGCAAGACGUUGCUUUUGCUGCUGUCAAAAAAGGAAGGUUCCGAAGCCAUACUAGUGUGUACUUUGAGAAAUGAGUCAACUUUGGAAGGACUUUUUAAUGUGCUAGGUAAUCAAGUCUCAAUAUCAAUAGAGAAACCAGCGGUGAACAAAUAUUUUGCUUAUGAGGCUCAAUUUCCAAUUUUAAUAUACAAGCUAACUUUAAAUAAAUAAAAGAGCAAUUUUUCU